AUGGCUAAAUUAGUAGGCUUGAUGCUCUAUGCGUCCAUUCCCACCGUCAUCCUACUGCAUCUAUUUGCGGCACCAUAUACAAAAGUCGAGGAGUCGUUCCACAUUCAAGCAACGCAUGACAUUUUGACAUACGGAAUCCCGUCACCUCUUGAUCUCAACUGGACAUCAAUUGCCGAAAAGUUUCAAUCUGAAUAUGAUCACUUCAGUUUUCCCGGGGCUGUUCCCCGCACCUUUAUUGGUGCACUAGCGCUCGCGAGUGCUUCGUCGCCUGUCGUCUGGUUCUAUGAGAAUGUUGAUAGACAAAUUCUAGUCCGCGCAAUUCUCGGCCUCUUCAAUGCCUUGUCAUUAAUUGUAUAUGCGCGGGGCAUACAAAAGUCGCUCGGCAAUGUGACGGCUUACUGGUACCUGAUUUUUCAGGCCAGUCAGUUCCAUGUUGCUUACUAUGCGUCGCGGACAUUGUCAAAUAUGUUUUCUUUUUGCAUUACCACACUUGCGUUGCGACUUCUCCUUCCGGGGCCUGAUAUGAUUGAUGCCAAAAGUAUCAAGUCCACCAAAACAAGCAAAACUCAGCAAACCGCCAAAGCAACAAAAACAACAGCUGCCCCGCUUCCUUAUGCGAGAUAUCGCCUUGCACUGAUUUUUUUUACCGUUGCUGGGAUCAUAUUCCGUUCCGAGCUAGCUCUUUUACUGGCGACAAACACUAUCUAUUAUUUCCUGACACAGCGAAUUCGCAUCUGGCAAGACAUCGUACCAGCAGGAAUCAUAGGCCUCUUUGUUGGCCUCACAGCUACUGUGGCCAUUGACUCCUACUUCUGGCAAGACUUUCCCCUCUGGCCUGAAUUCAGUGCAUUUAAGUUCAACGUCGUUUCCGGACAAGCCUCUGCCUGGGGCGUUGACCCUUGGUUCUUUUACUUUACCAGCGCUCUCCCUCGCCUCCUUCUCAACCCCUUGACUUGGCUAGUAUGUAUUCCGGCUUCUCUUAUAGCAGGCACAACUAGACGGGUGUCUUUAUCCCUCGUCGUUCCCUCUCUAGCUUUCGUUGCUAUAUACAGCUUUCAACCUCACAAAGAAUGGCGGUUCAUCAUCUAUAUCAUCCCAGCAUUGACGGCCGCGGCGGCUCAAGGGGCGGCGAACAUUUGGACCAGACGUGGAAAAUCUAUAGUAUAUCGCCUACUAUCUUUCUCACUGGUCUUAUCUACACUUGCUUCCUUUCUAUUUUCUACUUUUAUUCUCCUGCCGAUUUCGUCUGCAAAUUACCCAGGCGCCCAAGCUAUUCAACGAGCUCACUUCCAUGGCCAGGGCACCCAGCCCCAUGUUACCUUGUACAUGGGUAACCUGGCAUGUCAAACAGGUGUCACCCGAUUCCUACAACAGCCCCAGAACCUGAAAUCUGUCAGUGGGCGUGAAGAGGAUGCCAGAAUAGGCACGAAAUGGGAAUACGAUAAAACGGAAGAUCCAAUCUUAAAAUCCACGCCAGAAUUUUGGUCGAAUAUUGAUUAUGCAAUCAUCGAAGACCACGAGUUUAAGCAACUUCAAUCGCAUUCUUCAGACCCCGAGUCAUGGGAAAUUAUAGAUACCAUCGUCGGCUUCGGCGGGUUCAGAGUCAUCAAACCAUCCACGCCAAGCCAGAAAGAUGAUAGCAGUAGCAUAGAGAUUGACGCAAUCAGACGGGUGGCUGGGGACAAAGGUGUUGAUUACUAUAAAAAAUUGAGAGACGAGAUUGCACGGCGCUUGACGAAAGGAUACUGGGCUGAGAUGAGGCUGGUACCGAAGAUCAGAGUGGUCAGACAUUCACGAGCUAUCUGA